AUGCUACCCAGCUGCUACGAGGGCAACUCAACAGCCCGCGAGCGAAGUACCGCAAACCCUAGCCCGAAUCCGGGGCCUCCUGUGACGGGUUACCCUGCCCCGCCGUUCAAUGGCUGGCCGGCUUCUCCAAACCAGAUUCAUCCAUACUACCAGCAGCCAGCCCCCUAUGGUCCAUACGGUGCAAUGCCCCAAUUUCCACCUCACGGGCCCGUACCAAAUUACCAGCCGCCUCAGUACAUACCGCCCCCUUUAUCUGCUCCAGGCGUCCAACAGUGGCAAUGGAAUCAAUGGGCAUAUAACCAACCACAAUAUGCGGCCCAGCGCCCCGAGAAGAGCAGUGGGGCUCUUGGAUGGAUUUCAUCCCUGACGUCUCAAGCCCAGAAAUAUGGGGAACGUUUCGCAGAGCAAGCGCAGCACUACGGAGACCAAAUCAGCACGCAAGCGAUGCACUAUGGCCGGCAGGUUGAGGAUCAAGCACUUGCCCAUGGGCGAUGGAUCGAAGAGCAGGCGCGCCUUCAUGGCCGUAAACAGGGUGCAUACCCUUCUACACCAUACGCCGCUCAAACACCAUUUGCAAGUUCCGGUCAGGUAAUGGACGUCUCGCAAAAUGCAGCUUCACUUUCUUCUGGAAUCAACACACCUUCCCGGCCAGUCCAUGAAAAUCCUCAUUCACACAAUGCCACUCCAAUUCCUCAGGGGGAAGCUGCGAACUCCCGCCGGUGUGACAACAACAACAAGGCUCAGACGGUAAACACUGAGGCGAAUGCACCGGGUCCACGGCGUUCUUCGAUAAGCUCACUCUCUUCUCAAUCAUCACUCAGUUCGAUUGACACCAUAUCGACCACCUCAGACCUGAGCUCCGCAGACCUUGCAGCGGUUCGUACGCAACUACAGGGCCUGCAAAAUAGCGACGACCGCACCCAAUACGCAGCGGCAGUCGAUCUUCGGCAGCAACUAGAUACGCUUCGAGAGUCCAGACGCGAGGCGAAAGUGUCGGGUCUACAGAAUCGGCGCCCAAGACCGAACUUGGCACAAGGUAGUGGCACCGACAGUAGUGACUGGGGGCGUUGGGACUCGCCUGAACAACAAGCACGUGAACUGGCCGAGCGCCGUGCCAUGAAGGCCGAGCUCCGUCACACUCAACAAGCCUUCCGGGAUGUUGUGCGUCAUGCACGGAACGAGAAGCGCAACAGAAGAUUGGCUCGACAAAACAAUCGGGUCCAGGGUCCAAGAAGUUCUGGACCGCCUGUGGAGAGUCGUCAUUUACUGAACGACUCCAUGGCAAGCUUGUGCCUGGAUAAAGAUCAAGCUCCAAAACCAGUACAUGUGCAGACUGAAGCUGCCCCCUCUUCGGAAGCGAGCCGAAGCGUAUCGAUUGUACCCAGUGUAGCUGCAGACCCUAUCUUAGGGGCUACACCGAGAAUUACGUCUGCCGGACCGAUCAAUGACGCUAGUGACGGGGGUGUCAGAGUUGAGGAGAGAAAGAGCAAAACCCACGGCCGCCUCAAGGACAUCCUCAGACCACUAGGGUCCAAGAAGCAGCCAAAAGAUAAAAGCUUAACAAAAGCGAAGGAUUCGAAGAGAGACACAGAUGGUGCUUAA